AUGGCUUUGCCACAGGCAAAUGUGCCUUUGGACGUGGUCGUUGUCGGGUAUGACUGUAUUGGCGGCAUGGCAGCAGCCUUGACAUUAGGCUUGCGAGGUCACCGUGUCCAAAUUCUUGAGGCUGCACCGAAGCUCAUGGAGGUUGGUGCUGGUAUUCAAGUGUCACCGAAUAUGCUGCGACUGUUUGACCGGUGGGGCGUUUCUGACUUGAUCCAUGCCCAGGAUGUCGCUUUGGAACAUAUUCAUGUUCGAAGGUGGCAAGAUGGCGCCCUUUUGGCUACUAUGCCUGUGAACAAGACCUUUGGACAGCAAACAGUCAUCCACCGAGCAGAUUUGCAUAACGCUUUGAUUGACAGGGCAUUGGCAUUGGAUAAUGUGGGACUGCGAGAGAACUCGAUGGUGACUGGGGUUGAGUUCAGUCCUGCAUCAGUCACACUAGCUGACGGCACGGUCGUCUGUGGCGAUAUUAUCAUUGCUGCUGAUGGUAUAAAGUCGACUAUUCGAGGUCAUCUUUUGAACGAUUAUUCGAUGAAGGCUAUUCCGACCGGCGAUGCAGCAUACAGGAUAUUGCUUCCUCGUGAGGUAAUGGAGAAGGAUCCCGAACUGAAAGAACUUAUUGAUGAACCGCAAGCAACGCGAUGGCUGGGACCCUCGCGCCACAUUAUCGCGUACCCCAUUCGUAAUCACGAGCUGUACAACGUCGUUCUCUUGCACCCAGAUCGCCAAGAGGUCGAAGAAUCUUGGACCACAAGGGGCUCCAAGCAAGCCAUGGUGGACAACUACCAAGGAUGGGAUCGGAAGGUGAAGAAGCUGAUCGACUUAGUGGAUGAUGACGAGGUCCUCGAAUGGAAGUUGUGUUUGCAUCGCCCCCUCAAAACUUGGAUCCGGGGAUCUGUGGCCAUGAUUGGUGAUGCAUGUCACCCGAUGCUACCGUAUGUUGCCCAGGGCUCUGCGCAAGCGGUCGAGGACGCUGCGGCAUUGGGCGUUCUUUUGUCGAACAUCUCCUCCCGUCGUGAAAUUCCAACCGCAUUGCAGGUCUAUGAAAGAUCUCGGAAGGAGCGUGCGGAAACUGUCCAGCAGUCCGGAUCUGAGAAUCGUGUCACAUUGCACUUUCCCGACGGGCCUGAGCAGAUCGCGCGUGACAAGCAGUUCCGAGCAGCAGCAAGCGGUUCUAACCCCGAUAAAUGGACUGAUCGUGAAACUCAGAAGUUUCUGUGGGGCUGGGACGCCGAAGCGGCUGCUCUGGAGGAGUGGAAAAGUAUGUUCUCCCAGUCCUUUGCUGUCGCAGUCAGAUGCUAA